AUGGAGUUCAUUAAAAUUGUUCGUGAGGCCAAGCUGGUGGAUGAAAAGGUUGCGGCCCUUCUAGAGCCUAAAAAUUCUUCCCCCGCCAAGGACACCCAAGACAAGGGUGGGGUGAUGGGAGGCAGUGAAUAUGAAGACCCUCAUCUAGAGGAUUUCGUUAAGGUGGAGGAAAUUUGGGAAGAGAGUCGAUGGCUUGGGUUUUCUUGUAUAGUUUCUUGGCCCCUAUUGGCCAUUUAUUGUAUUUCUUUUACCUCUUCGGAGGCCUUUCGUAAUUGA